AAAACCUCCAGCGGCAUUACCCGCAUCGGUCUGUGUGUGCUGAGCUGACGGACUGGGAGGAGGUGGGAUCUAACUACUGGUGGUAGUGGGCUUAGCCGUACAGAUCACCAACCACGACUGCCAUUGCCAACGACGGAUUUUUGUGGAAAAUCACUUCGAGAAAGUCCCUCGCGGGAUCCCUCCCCUCCCUGACAUACAUCCAAUCGUCUUUAUUUAUCGUCGUUUAUUUUGCCUGUGCUGCCGCUUCCCACUCAUUCCCAGCGAGGCUCCUGUUAACCACAGCCGCCACCAGCGUCACCAUCUCCGGCGGGGGCUGUGUGAUGAGGUCGCCCUGCAGCAGGGGUUUCGCCACGCUAAGAUAAGGAUCUUCGCUUUCACUUUUGGGUCAAGUUGUCGCCUUUUAAAGCCUUCUAGCACCCCGAGUGUGUCAAGAAAUACACAGCAGAAGAGCACAGCUACUGCUGGAGCUGAGGGAAACGCUGAAUAUCCAUGAGCUCCGAUUUCCCACACUACAGUUUCAGGAUGCCAAAUAUAGGGUUCCAGAAUCUUCCCCUUAAUAUCUACAUUGUGGUGUUUGGGACUGCCAUCUUUGUCUUCAUCCUCAGCCUCCUCUUCUGCUGCUACCUAAUAAGGUUACGGCACCAGGCACACAAAGAGCUAUAUGCAUACAAACAAGUCAUUCAGAAGGAAAAAGUCAAAGAGCUAAAUUUGCAUGAGAUUUGUGCGGUGUGCUUGGAGGAGUUCAAACAGAAGGACGAGCUGGGGAUUUGUCCGUGCAAACAUGCCUUUCAUAGAAAGUGCCUCAUUAAGUGGUUGGAGGUGAGGAAGGUGUGCCCGCUGUGCAACAUGCCCGUCUUGCAGCUCGCCCAGCAGGCCGGCAGCACGGAGCCCCCUGUCCCAAUACAGCAGCCUCUACCCGGCAUUGAGAACCUGGUGUAGCAGACUCAGACCCUCUCUCAUAGUACACUACAGACACACACAAACACACAUCCCAUCACUCAUACACUCACCUGUACAGGUACACCUUUGCUAUGGGUCUGUGGACAGAGCGGAGAAACUGGAGUUCAUGCGCAGACUGUCACAAAACCUGUGACUCUGCAGCCAUCGUCACCUCUUGUAUCCUUGCAUUGGUUCACAAAAGGAUUUCCUGUUAUCAGUUCUGACUGAUAAUCAACUGCGUUCAUGUUUUUUUUCUUUUCACGGACAAUGAAGAAGAGAUGAUCUAGAAGUUUCCUUCUUGGCCGAGACGUGAUCGAUAACUUUUUCUCAACCAAAGCACUUUUCUGGGGACACCAGCUAAAGAGAAUUACCAGGAGGAAAACAACAACACAAAAGCCAAGAACUACAAUACACUAAAAUAUAAAUUGUUAAAAAAUAUUAACAAGCACUUUACGAGAAGGCAAACCUUAAUUGCUUGUGAUGCUAGUAGCAAGGUUAUGUUUUAUAUUUUAGUAUUAACUAUAAUUUCUGUGUUCAGUACAAAGCCACAUGGGUUUUCAUUUGCAGUUGGUAAAUUUUGAUUUUUAAACAAACAAAAAAAUAUCUCAAAGGGACAACAAAACCUGUGUCGGCAGAUAGAUGUCAGGUAAUUGCACACACACAUACACAUACACACACACAAUCAAAAAAUUAAGCUCAAAGCAACCUUGAGACUUUAUGUCUGACUAAAUGUGAAAGGUUUGAAUGUGUUGAAACCCACCAUUUUUCACACUAAGCCUAUAGACUUCGUGCUCUCAUCGCCUGUUUGUUAUUCAUCACAAUGCGACAGUUGUUAUGAUUAUUAUUUUUAUUAUUGUGUCAAUACAGGAAGGUGAUUCAGUGAACAAAUUAUACUCUCAUUAAAGGAAUUUACUGGGUACAAUCCUCCAUAUACGAACCCUGUCAGGCAAGCACAGCCUAUAUUCAGACACCCAAGGCAUUACUCACAAAAAAAACAGAAAACAAAAUCAAAAUAAUGACUGUGAUUAUCUAAACCAGUAUUAGUCUGUAAAACAUGGUGCUUUAUUUUUAAAACACUUUUACAGAACAAACACCAGUAAGGAGGCAAUAUUAAACAAAAGACUAUAACAUGUUACAUAUAAAUGUUCCAGUUUUACUUUGCUCUGCUGCUGCUGCUUCAUUUGAUUUUGUUGAAGCUGAGCUGUGUAAUUGUUACAGUGGACUGCUUCGGAUUGAGACUGAAACACGCCACAAAACAACAAAUUAGGGAUGCACGAUAUGUAUACAUCGGGCUUGUCAAUUAUCAGCCGAUAAUGGGAAAUUUAUAUUUUUAUAUUAAAGACAGACUGUUUUCAAGGGCAGCAUCAACACACCCUGUUACAGUAGGUGGUGGCACAACUUUAAAGUUGAUUUGCAAGCGGCCAGUAAACACAGAGAAGAAGAAGCACAGUACGUUGACAAGAGAGCCAAACAUUUCUUUGCUGGACAUCUUUCACAGUUUCCGAGGAAAACAACCCAAUUGCACAGAGGGUCUGAUCACAGGCCGCCUGACUCCCAGGCGCCCAGAAAGUGCACCAGGCUUUGAAGCCCAUUUUCAUAGUGGCCAAAGAGUGUAACUACACCAUCAAGUGAUGCCCCGCGGCCCAAAAAGGCAUUUACCCAUUGACUUACAUGGCGAAAGAGACACAUCUAAGUCAGUGGACACUUCAAAAUAAGAGCUCUGUGCCGAAUUUUUUUUGCAGAUUUGACACAUUCAUGGGUCAUUUUGUGGUCUAUUCAGAAUGGGCCUGCGACCCAUCAGUUGGGAACCUGGUCUACAAGAACGGCAAGAUUAAAUAAUUUUAUCCCCAUUCAAGUUAGCGUUGCGCUAAAAUGGAAGAUAACCGCUUGGUCGCACAUGUCCACGCGUUGCUAGUGCGCUUACUCUAUGGACCACACAGUGUAGAAGGUAGUGCUGAUCAUCCCCAGAUGAUUCAGGUAAUUUUAUACAUUGCAGUUUUAACCAUUUUGGCUUCAUACUCCACUGAGCAACUCUUAGAGGAAUGAAUGGGGACCCACGGUCCAAUACUGUAUCCAGCUCUCUUUCUCAUUGUGCUUGAACAGCAAGUUAUAAACUACUUUUUAAAAUACAAAAAAGUGAAAUAAUCAGUUAUCUUAUCAGUAUUGGCCAUGAGAAGCAGGUAAUAAACAGUUAUUGGUAUUGGCUGAAAAACAAAUUCAUAUCGUGCAUCCCUUCAACAAAUUUCUAACAGUCAUGUUUUCUCAAACUAGAAUCACAUAUGCUGUUAGAAAACAAAUCGCUAAUUCAUUUCAGGAAGAGACCAGAAUGAAGCAGGCUUUUGCCUCCUUUGCUGCUCAGCUCUGACUUAAAAUAUGCUGCGUACACAGUUGCAGUUAUUUUUGCAUCUAUCCCAAUAGAUAAUUUGUAUUUAUUUUUUUUAAUUUAUUAUAAUUUCUUGGUACAGCUGCAUAAAGUGAACAAGUUAGUGGACUGACACCUGCAUCAGAAUUACUUCCCUCAGCAGAUCAUCAGCAUAUCUGUCGAUAUAUACUACUUUAUAAAACACACAUGCACACAGCUGCCCCCCCCGCACGAGCGCACACACA